UUAACGGUGGUGGUUGUUGUGUUACAGCGGUCGUGGGCGUCCUGCGGGCUGACGGGAUACGUGGAGAGAGUGAACUGCACCAGAUCUAACCGGGACGAGUACAAGAGCUGCCGCUCUGCAGUGAUGGAGGAACAUCUCUUCUGGAAGUUCGAGGCGGCCAUGUUGGCACUGAUGGCGGCGUUCGCCGUGGUCGUGGUCGUCCGUCAGCGCUGGCUGGAUCGCCUCGCCUCCGAGAAGGUCCGCCGCCAGAUCGAGUCCAUCUAGGACGCAAGAGACACCGGGGGCGCCGGAGACACAGGGACACAAUCUGG